AUGUCGUUCGGAUAUGGAAUCGGAGAUGUUAUCGCUGUGCUGGGUCUCUUUGAGCGCAUCGCUAUCGAGCUGCGAAAUUACAAGGACGCUCCAACUCACUUCCAGCAGCUCCGUGCCGAACUGGACCUUGUCCACAGCACCCUCAAACAUGUCUUGACAAUGGAACCCGACUGCAUGGAAGAGCUUCAGACACUAGAGAAGAUCAGAGCCAUCGUUGUACACUGCUCGCAGCCCUUGCAGACCAUGGCAAACAAGAUGCGGUCUAAGGAAAGCAGCUUAGGGCACUUCAGAUCAACGAAAAGUCUUAGCAGCAUCGGCGAGAGGCUUCACUGGUCUAUGAUAUCUCAAGGUGAUGUAGACGCGCUACGAAAGACAAUUCUGUCUCAAAUGGCCGCUAUCAAUAUCCUCUUGAGUGUCCAGCAAUUAGCUCGUGUCAAACAAUUAUCCUUACAGUCCAAAGGCAUAGGAGACAACCAAUCUGCGAUCAUCGAAAAGCACGCAAAUGUCAUAGGUGGACACGCUUCCAAUAUUCUCAACAUUGUAUCAAAAACGCAAGCGUCAGUCAACACUCUGACGGUCAAUGCAGCCAUUCAGGCCGAUGCCCAGUCCAAGCAAUACAAUUUGAUUGAACAAAGCAUGACUGGAAUUGAGAAGAGCAUGUUUCAACUGACACGAAAGACCGAAAAGGUUUCAGCAGUAGUCCGUCGCCAUGCUGAAUUUGUAACUCGUCAUGUGAAGAUUCUAUACUCUCUCAUGAAAGAUGUGAAGGAUUUGUUCGUUUUCCUCGCAAAAUGUUCGAGGGAAAUGCUUGAAGCGAUUGGCAGAAACACGCAAGUAUCACGAGAACAACUUGGCAUGCGCAUGUUGCUAGAUAUAAGUGGACAACUGAAAAAGAUCAUCAAAGCUAUCGAGGCGAUACCACUCCAUCUGACUCUAGACAUCGUUCGGCUUGAUGAUGCCCAUGGUGAGAGCUGGGCCCUUCCAUUUCAGGCCUGCCAAACCUGGGAUAUCAACGAGUUGUCAUGGGAAGGCAUGAUAACAUCGGGACUACAUAUUGAGCAGGCCAUGCUCGUCAAAAGGGCUGGCCCCCAAGAGACCUGCGUGGAUCCAACAUGCACAGGGAACCUUGUGGAACAUAUAUUGCAACACGACUACCGUAAAUCCUGCAUUAAUUGUGGUCGAUGGAUCAUGACAAGUCCAGAUUCAUCUCCACUUCUAGCCUUAUACCGGAAAGAUUCAACAGCUGCCACUGGCAAAGAUUCGGAGUUUUCCUGUGGCAAUGAAACAAAGGUCGGCCCGCAGGCUCCUUUGAUGACUGUCAAGGACCAAACAGAGACUUUUCGCAGACUCAAGGUUGUUUACUCCACUGAACCUGUUCGAGAUAUCAGAGAUGCUUUCGAGCGUGUGACUGACAACCCCAAAAAUCCCGAGGCGAAUGCAUUUCUCGGCCUCGUAAUGAUACAGAAAGCACACAAACCAACAACAGAUGACCAAGAAGCUAGAAAACUUACUAUCAAGGCAAUACUUCACUUACGCACUGCUGUCGAGUCGGACAGUGGAAACGCGGAGUACUAUUACCUAAUGGGGAGGGCAUAUAUGCUUUUAGAUGUCGCCGAGAUGGCGCGGCUAUGCUUUCGAUACGCACUCGUUUUCCAGCCGGAUUGUGCUUUUUUUUGGCACUCUUUUGGCCUUUUAUCUUUUGCUACCCGCCAAUACGAGGACAAUGUCACAUUGUUGACUAAAACUCUGAGUCUAGAUUCACAUAUUUAUGUUGCUUGGUAUAACCUUGGCGUGUUGUUUGACAGCCAGGGCCGUUAUGAUACCGGCACAGAUGCUUUCCAAACAUGCUAUUAUCUUGUGCCGUGGUGGCCUGGAGUUCGGGAAAGAUUGGAAGCUUACCAUGCAUACGUCCAAGAUUCAAACGAGAAGCUAUUUCGUCAACACUUGUUGCACCACAUGAUCGAUACUAGGAUACCCUUUCAGCCACAAUGUGAAAGGGGCAACCCCAGUCCUGAACAGGGUACUGGAGUGCAGGGAUUCAAGGAUAAUGUGGAGGGUAAUAAUGCUCUGUAG